CAAUUUCACGUUAACUCAGUAUCAGUUCACUUCAUGUCUUCUCCACGCUGCGAAAUAACCAUUAAAUAUAAACUGUAGCAGUGUAGCGUUAAAUUUUAUGACGAAGAAGUGUAUGUUUGUUCAUUUAGGUCAUCGUUGUAACAACGUGUAUUGAUACAGUUCAUCUGGCAAGUCAGUGCCCACUACAGCAUCCAGCAAGAUGGGUCGCAAUUUUUUAUUAAACAACAACAGGAGUUCGGACUACAAAGUGCAAAUUACACCAGCACAACCGAAGACAUUGACACAUCUUCCACAAAGGCCUAAAGUGGAUCUAGCUUUUUCCAACCUCAAAUACACCGUCAAACAGGGCAAAGUCGAGAAAACAAUUUUAAAGUCGGUCAGCGGACGCCUGCGAUCUGGAGAACUCACGGCAAUUAUGGGCCCUUCGGGGGCCGGGAAGUCCACUCUUCUCAACAUUCUCACAGGGUAUAGAACUGACGGGGUGGAAGGUCAAAUAUUAAUGAACGACAACGAAAGGGAUUUGAGCCAAUUCCGAAAAUUAUCAGCCUACAUAAUGCAAGACAAUCAACUCCACCUUAACCUCACAGUAGAUGAAGCCAUGAAUGUAGCUGCUAAAUUAAAAAUUGGCGACAAACCCAAAUCGGAAAGAGCAGCCAUUAUACAUGAAAUUUUGGACACUCUGGGGUUGCUAGAUCAUAGGAAGACUAUGACCAGUGGACUAUCGGGAGGUCAAAAGAAACGUCUUUCUAUUGCCUUAGAGCUUGUCAGCAAUCCUCCCAUAAUGUUUUUUGAUGAACCAACAAGUGGCCUUGACAGUUCGUCGUGUUUCCAAUGCAUUUCGUUACUUAAAACUCUGGCGAGAGGUGGAAGAACAAUCAUUUGCACUAUACAUCAACCUUCAGCUAGACUGUUCGAAAUGUUUGAUCACCUUUACACUUUAGCUGAUGGACAAUGUGUUUACCAGGGUUCUACAAAGCAGUUGGUCCCGUUUUUGGCCAGUUUGUCAUUACAGUGUCCUGCCUAUCACAAUCCGGCGUCGUACAUUAUUGAAGUAGCUUGUGGCGAAUACGGAGAUCACACAACAAAGCUAGUCGAGGCGAUCGAGAACGGGAAGAACGAUAUCAGAGAAGGAAAACCGUUCCCGGAAGUUAAAUAUAGUAAUGGACUGAAUAAUUCCGCUCUUAUUACAAAUGAUCUUAGUAAAAGUUUCACGAAUUACGAUACAGAGAAUAAGAAUCUGAUGGUGAAUAAUUCCGUCAAUGUUGCCAAAGAAAAUCUGCCGCCUCCCCCGCCGAUCGGAUUUGAUAAACUAGCAACCGAAAAAGUGUCCGUGGACACAGCUUUGUUAGAAAAUUCACUUCCAGUUAGGCAGCCACGUUAUGGCAAUUCACAGUUCCAACAAUUUUUCAUAAUUUUAGGCCGUGCCUUUUUAUUCAGUAGAAGAGAUUGGACUUUGAUGUACUUGAGAUUAUUUGCUCACAUUCUCGUGGGUUUCCUCAUUGGUGCUCUGUAUUUCAAAAUCGGCAACGAUGGUGCUAAAGUUCUUAGUAAUCUAGGAUUUCUAUUUUUUAACAUGCUUUUCUUAAUGUAUACGUCCAUGACUAUUACAAUUUUAUCCUUCCCGUUGGAGAUGCCUGUGUUACUAAAAGAACAUUUUAAUAGAUGGUACUCGCUGAGGUCGUACUACUUGGCUAUAACUGUGUCAGAUCUACCAUUCCAAACGGUUUUCUGUGUACUAUACGUUACUAUUGUAUAUUUCAUGACUUCGCAACCGCAUGAACUUAGUAGGUAUUGUAUGUUCCUGGCUGCCUGUUUACUGGUGUCGUUUGUGGCUCAGAGUGUAGGAUUAGUGGUUGGCGCGGCAAUGAAUGUUCAGAAUGGUGUGUUUCUGGCCCCUGUAAUGUCCGUACCGUUCCUUUUGUUCUCUGGAUUCUUUGUAUCGUUUGACGCAAUUCCGAUUUAUCUAAGAUGGAUUACGUAUUUGUCUUACAUACGAUACGGUUUUGAAGGCACAGCUUUGGCUACUUAUGGCUUUAAUAGAACAAACUUGGAGUGUUUCAACCAGUACUGUCACUUUAAAAAACCAAUUACAACAUUAGAAGAGCUGGAUAUGAUCAAUUCGAACUACACCGUAGAUAUUGUCGCAUUGGUUGCUAUAUUUUUCGUCUUGAGAAUAGCAGCAUAUCUUUUCUUAAAAUGGAAAUUGAAGUCAACUCGUUGAUUAAUUUUUUUUUUGCGACUGAGGAUUUAAGUAGCGAAUUAUUAUUACAAAAGUAAUGGUGAAGAAAGUUUUUUUAUUUGAUAGUAGUAGUCUGAUUAUAUUAUGUCCAAGUUUAUAUUUCGUUCUUUUCUAAGCGUGGAAAUUUUAUUGUAACACGAAUUUGAGUGUGAUAGAAAAUAGGUAGGGCUGUGAUUGUCAAGAUAACUUAUAGAGUGAAUUUAAUCAAACUUGCCAGAAUUUUGCCCAUGACUAUGGUUCCCUUAUCAAUGUUUCGCAAUUCGUAGGUACCCUUGGACCACAAUACAUUUAUAUUUUUAUACGCUAGUUAGAACUAUUUUAAUACUUAUAUAUUAUAUCGUAUGUACAAACUGUUAAUAAAUUGUUUAAGUUUA